AUGCAAUACUAACAAGCAAAUAUCAACGCUGAGUAUCUAAAUGACAAGGCACAAUAUCAAUAACCUCCGUAGGGGGUAGCCUGUGAUUGGACAACCCGUUCAACAAUAGUAUAUUCUUUAAAUAACAAUAGGUACCAAUAUAACCCCUAAUCUCAAAUACAAUAUCCUCAAUAACCCUACGUUUAAUAUGCCCAAUACCCUUAGAGAGUGUAGUAUGGAAAUGGAUAUUAACAGCAAAUGGUUGUACUUCCUUAGAAUGCCCUUGUAGUGGCAGUUUAACCAAUUAAUCCUAUUGUGGCCAAGGAAAUGGCCUUGAGAUCAUACACCAGAUAUUUUUACGGAUGCAAUUGCUGUAUAGGUGUUUUGGCCAUGAUCUUUUUGAUUAUCAGAUGUGUGGCAUCAUUUCAACAAGGAGGAGCAGAAGCAGCAGCUGGUGUCAUGUACAUUAUUUCCGAUUUCUUUUUUGUCACAGGAGCCAUCUGCGGAAUAUAUUCGAUUAGUAGAUAUGUGGAACGACUAUUAUUACAUUACUAAGUCCUCUUGGUCAUAGCAUUAAUAUUUGAGAUAAUAGGGUCCAUCAUCAUAUUUGCCACUUAUGGUGAUAAUGAAGAUAACGAUGAUAAUGACAAUGAUUCCGACGGUGAUAAAGACAAUAGAAGGAGUGUUGGCUUAAUAUUUUUUAUAGUAUCCCUAAUCAUAGUAGUCAUUUGUUACGGGAUGUUUAUAAGAUAUGCUAGACAAAUCAGAUACAUGAUGAUCGAUUUGAAUAUCACUAGAGCAAAUUUAUAGAAUUAAAACGCUUAAUAAGUACCACUAUAGAAUUAAGGAAUUGUCUAUGGAGGAGCUCCAUAAGUUUGA